AUGGCCGACCGCAGUGAGAGGAAUAGUGCAACGAUGAACUCUCGGAAACCGUCUCGUACUGCUGUUGCCGCUUUAAUGAGUGCCUACAUCCAAAAGCAAAAUCAGAUCGCGUUACUGAAUGCCGAGAUCGACUCUGCGAAAUCGGCAGCAGACAGCCUGGAAGAAAUUAUGCUCGCCAAUAAUUUUGUGCUGACGGCUGCUCUCGUUGACCUAUUCCCUGCAGUGGAUCGUCGAUUGUGGAGCCACGACAGAAGCGACACAUGGUUUGAGAAAACGUUGCCGCGCCUUGGAGUACGUCAUUUUAAGCAGUCGUUCCGUGUCUCACCUUCGACUUUUCGCUACCUGGUGAACGUCUGCCGGUCGCAAAUGGAGCGAACCUCGACCACAAUGCGUGAGGCGAUCUCCAUAGAGAAGAGAGUAGCAAUAGCCCUGUACCGCAUGUGUAGCUCUGCAGAGGACAGGACAGUCGCAAACUUGUUUAGUGUAGGGCGGUCCACUGUCAACGAGGUGUUCAGGGAGUUCUGUGAGGUUAUCGUCGAUGAGUUGGAAAGGAGCACUGUGAGACUUCCAACUGAAGACGAGAUGCAGCAGCACAUCCAAGAAUUUGAAGCUGUGCUCCGGUUCCCACACGCAAUGGGAGCGCUUGACGGCUCACACUUCCCGGUUUCACCCCCCAAGGAACAUGCUGCUGAUUACCACAAUUAUAAAGGAUGGUACAGUGUCAUACUGCUGGCCCUAGUGGACCACAGGUACCGGUUUCGGUCAUACAAGAUUAUAGGGGGUGUGAAAGUCCCAGUAAUCAUCCUGUGUGACCAAGCCUUUUCCCUGACACCUAAUUUAAUGAAGCCAUUCCCAGAAACCGCAGUGCUGACACCAGCACAAAAGAGCUUCAACGUGUGUUUGUCCUCAGCAAGGCGUGUCGUAGAGAACGCAUUUGGACGUGUGAAGGCCAGAUUCAGCGUCGACCAACAGUGGUUGCGGGAUGCACAAGGAGCCAUGCUGUUGAGUCGGGAACCUAGCCAUCAAAGCAAUGCAGUGGAGGGAAGUGGCACUGCUGUGAGAAAUGCUUUAGCUCAGUAUCUGUGCGACAGGGAAUGCGACAAUAUCCCCUAG